AUGGAAACUCUUCUCUUACAGUGUGGUCCCACCUCUCAGUGGCUGUUUGCCAAGAGGAACUGCUUUGUUUCUUUCUCCUCAGCUUCUCGUGAGCGCUCCAUCAUCGAGCGCCGCCUGACUUCCUUCCACAAUGUUUCCUGCAUUCGCUUCGUCAGACGCACGAGCCAGAGAGACUUCCUGAACAUCCAGUCAGAUGGCGGCUGUUACUCGUACGUGGGCCGUCGGGGCUACUCUCAGACGGUGUCUCUGGAUCGGCAGGGCUGCCUGUAUCACAGCACGGUUCAACGCGAGCUGCUGCACGCGCUCGGGUUCAAUCACGAGCAGUGCUGCUACGACAGAGACCAGCACAUCCGCAUCCUGUGGGAGAACAUCCAGACCGGUUGGGCGUACGCCGUCGACAAGAUAAACACGCUGAACCUGAACACACCAUACGACUACAACUCCGUCAUGCAGUACCACAGGUAUGCCUUCAGUGGGAACAAUAUGCCCACCAUGGUGCCGAUCCCCAACGCCAACGUAGAGUUCGGCACGGCCAAUCAGAUGAGCAGGAACGACAUCAGCAGACUGAACACGCUGUACAAAUGUUGAAAGGUGGUGAAGAAACCCUGAGGACAUGGGGCCAAUUUACACAUCAAACCUGCUCUUUAUAGCACAGUCUGAGAAAGAGUGUUGAUAAAGAAUCUUC